GCUGUGGGGGGGGGGGGGCUAACUUAAUGGAGGUAAUUUUUUCACUCAUCUUGCAGACACAACUUAUGCUAGGUGCGAUCGUUCACCUCGAGACCGUAUUGUUCGCGCACAGAGUCUCGUUCGAUCAUACCUUCCCGUAGACAAGAAAUCCGCUUGUUCGACGAUGCAAGAUAAAAACCCGUGACUCGCGACAGAAUCGCCUCAGUCCCUGUCUAAUUGUUAUCGAAAUAUCGAAUCGAAGAUCAAGGUACAGAUACUGAUGGCUGGUCUGAGCGUGAUCAAUAUGCUGUCCUCGUUCAGCACGGGACAUCUCUUCGUCGCGGCACUGUGGUACCUCAUUGUCAACCUGCGUCUGGACAUCGUCGACAAGGAGAAUCGCGUGCAUCCUGUGCCGACGCAGGAGCUGAUGCACGAGUACGAUUACGUGAUAAUCGGCGGAGGAUCAGCCGGCGCGGUGUUGGCCAGUCGACUGUCGGAGGACAAAGAUCGCAGCGUGCUCCUGCUGGAGGCCGGCUCGGACGAAACGAUGAUAUCCGACGUGCCCUUGACUUACGUGCUUAUACAGCGUUCGUUCAUGAACUGGGAGUACAAGAUCGAACCGUCGUCCAGUUACUGCUUGGGCCUGAAGAACAACCAGUGCAGGCUGCCGCAGGGCAAGAUAUUAGGUGGUUCCAGCGUGCUGAACGCGAUGAUGUAUAUCCGUGGUAAUAAAAGAGAUUACGAUUCCUGGGCGGCGCUCGGUAACACCGGAUGGGAUUACCAGAACGUCCUGCCGUACUUCAAGGUGUCAGAAGACGCCAGAGUCGAGGGUCUCUACGGCUCGCCGUAUCACGCCAGGGGCGGCUACUUGACGGUGGAUCACUUCAAGUACACUCCGCCGGUCACGGACUACAUCAUUCGUUCGGGCGAAGAAUUGGGCUAUCAAGUGCGCGACCCAAACGGAGAGAACCAGACCGGCUUCCUGUAUACUUACGCCACCGUGAGGGACGGCUUGCGAUGCAGCACCGCCAAAGCGUUUCUUCGGCCCGUCUCCAAGAGGAAGAAUCUACACGUUAGUUUGGACUCGAUGGUGGAGAAGAUUCUUCUGACGAAAGUUGGCGCGACGAAGGUGGCAUACGGCGUGCACUUUCUCAGAGACGGGGAACAUUACGUGGUGAACGCUACACGCGAGGUUAUUCUGUCCGCGGGUGCGAUACAGUCACCGAAAUUACUGAUGCUGUCCGGCAUCGGGCCGCGGGAUCACCUCGAGAAGAUGAGGAUACCCGUGUUGCAGCAUUCGCCCGGCGUAGGACAGAAUCUUCAAGAUCACGUGGCGACCUCGGUCAUCUACACGAUCGACCCUCCGUCCGACAUUCCGGAUCCCGAUAAAUUCACCGUGCGGCUGUUCGAAUCUGUCACGGUGGACGCUCUUCGGGAAAUGAUACACAACAACUCCGGCCUGCUCUAUACGACGACCAUAGGCUCGGGGAUGGCGUUUGUCAAGACCAAGUACGCGGACCAAACGGCCGACUAUCCGGACAUCCAACUGAUCUUCCCAACCUCGUCGAACGCGAAGUUCGGAAUUAUCUCAUCACGUUCCGAGGACAUCAAACUAGACAUCGCCGAUGCACUGUACAAGGAUAUCCUGAAACAUCAUACCUACGACAUAGUUCCGAUUCUUCUUCGGCCGCGCAGCAGAGGCCACGUCAAGCUCAAAUCUGCCGAUCCCCAUGAUCUCCCCGAAAUCGUCACCAACUACUUCGACGAUCCUCACGACUUACAAGUUCUGGUGGAGGGUGUGAGAUUGAUAGAGAAGAUUAGCCGCACUCGCAUCAUGCGGGAGUUGAACGUGCGACCUAAUCCGAACGUAGUCCCGAGCUGUUCGCAAUACGACGCCUGGUCGGACCAGUACUGGGCCUGCUACAUCCGUCACAUAACAGGGACGAUUUAUCAUCCAACGGGCACUUGCAAGAUGGGCCCUGCCAACGACAGUCAGGCCGUGGUCGAUGCCAGGUUGAGAGUGCACGGUAUCGCGCGACUGCGAGUGGUCGACGCGUCGAUAAUGCCGACUAUUGUCUCCGGUAAUACCAAUGCGCCAGUGAUUAUGAUCGCGGAGAAGGCUGCUGAUAUGAUAAAGGGCGACUGGUCGGCUUGAUUCCCGCGACGAUGUAUGCGAGACUCGAAUAAAUGUACAUCCCAUCACAGAAUCUCAAUCUAUAAAGUUCGUUACGCAGGUCUAAUUAGUAAUUACGUGUAAAUUACAGGAUUUUGUUAGACCGACAGAACGACCGAAGCUUCGCUCUGCGAGAAUUGAAAGAUCCGAGAAGAUUGUCGAGAAAUUUGUUCGUUGUAAUAACGUUAAUUCUCAAAUAAAUGUAUGCAGCAGGUAUUUCCUUUUAAUUUAUACACCCUGAUAGGCUGAUGACUUGUCGACUUGCUCGUGUUGUCAUUAAACAGUUGGCGGCGAUUUAUUAAUUCUCAACAACACUCGUCAUCGCAAUCAAUCAAUUUGAAUAUUUAUAAUAAUUAUCUCGCGUUUCAUUACGCGCGCGCGCGCGCGCGCGUACAUCGAGCGUGCAAUUUCCGAAUUAAUUUAAGCAGACAUCAUCUCCUUAUAAAUAAUUAUAUAAACAAUCCAAAUGUUUGCAUUAUAUUGCGAGUUUGUGCAUAACUAUUUCAUAAGUUUCCAUUGAGAAGUUAAUACCUCGAGACCGUGAGACAUGAGGGGAAUGCCUGGUAAGGCGAGGUCGCUACUAUCGAGGAUCAACAGUGUGUCAUAAAACGUAAAACCGAAAAUACAAUAAGGAUCGUACAGGGUGUCUCGGAACAAUUGUACCACAGUUCGUAGGGACGUAGAACAGA